UCACUCACGACCUCCGAGAGCCUGGGAGAGUAGCCGAGCAGCGGCUCGGCGGCGGUGUGGCGGGCUGGCGCUCGGGGCGGCUGCGAGGCGCUGGCAGGGGAAGAUGCUGCAGUCGCUGGCCGGCAGCUCGUGCGUGCGGCUGGUGGAGAGGCACCGCUCCGUCUGGUGCUUCGGCUUGCUGGUGUUCGGCUACUUGCUCUAUCUGGUCUUCGGCGCCGUGGUCUUCUCGUCGGUGGAGCUGCCGUAUGAGGACCUGCUGCGCCAGGAGCUGCGCAAACUGAAGCGGAGCUUCGUGGAGGAGCACAAGUGCCUGUCGGAAGCGCAGCUCGAGAGCUUCUUGGCGCGCGUCCUGGAGGCCAGCAACUACGGCGUGUCGGUGCUGAGCAACGCCUCCGCCAACUGGAACUGGGACUUCACCUCGUCCCUCUUCUUCGCCAGCACUGUGCUCUCCACCACGGGUUAUGGUCACACUGUGCCUUUGUCAGAUGGAGGAAAGGCUUUCUGUAUAAUCUACUCUGUCAUUGGAAUCCCCUUUACGCUUCUUUUCCUGACAGCAGUGGUGCAGCGCAUUAUAGUGUACGUCACCCGGAGGCCUGUGUUAUAUUUCCACAUUCGCUGGGGUUUCUCAAAGCAGAUAGUUGCCAUCAUCCAUGCAGUGAUUCUGGGCUUCAUUACCGUUUCGUGCUUUUUCUUUAUCCCAGCAGCAGUAUUUUCUGUCCUUGAGGAUGACUGGAACUUCCUGGAAUCUUUUUACUUUUGCUUCAUUUCUCUGAGCACCAUUGGUCUUGGUGACUAUGUUCCAGGAGAAGGAUACAACCAGAAAUUCAGAGAGCUAUACAAAAUAGGAAUUACAUGUUACCUCUUGCUGGGCCUCAUUGCAAUGCUGGUUGUUCUAGAGACUUUCUGUGAACUUCAUGAGCUCAAAAAAUUUAGAAAAAUUUUCUAUACGAAGAAGAACAAGGAAGAGGAUCAAGUUCAUAUAGUAGAACAUGAUCAGUUAUCUUUCUCUUCAAUUUCAGACCAGGCAGCAUCCAUGAAAGAAGAUCAGAAAGUAAAUGAACCUUUUGUGAGUCCUCAGCCUGCACUUAACUGUGAUGGCUCUAUAAACAAUUAACCAAGGGCUUCCAUUCCAAUAUCAACAGUGCACUUACGUUCUUGCAGUUAAAACUAGUACUAUUAGUGAAACUUAUAGAGGCAGAAAGGCUAUGCUAUAUUAUUAAGUGUUAAUUGUUUGAAAUAGUUCAGUAAGUAUGGGCCAAUUAGGCUUUCUUUAGCUGGAUAGAUUCUGAGAAUGUUGGUGGAACCAUAGUAUGCCGCUGGGAACCUCUGAAUUCAAGGUGUGUAAAGAAACAGAUGAGGCUAGAUUUGAAGAACAGUUGAGUUCUCAUUUUCACAGCCUGUUGAGGUCCUCCCCCUUGAAAAACAAAACAUCCCCUUGGCAAAGUGGAAGUAUUUUGACACCAAGGCCAGACUCUGGUUUUGAAUGGGAACUUAUGAGUUCGGAAUAAUGUGUCUAAAAAAAAAUCAUCUUGCUUUCCCAGUAGUGUGGGUGUGAAUGGUACAUAACACUGCCUGGAAAACAGGAAUAGUCUUUGCUAUGUCUGUCUCAUUCAAUGAAGUUCUUUCAUGAACAGUCUCUGCACAGCAUGCCAUGCCUAUUCUUCCACCCCCAAAGAGUCUGAAGCUGCUGGCAAACUGCAUGGCAGAUGCUCUAGGUAGCCUCCCUCACUGUGAUUCAGGAGCUCAGCUACACCAUCAAAGCCUGGCUCAGUAAGAACGAAGCCGGUCUGAAGCAUGGAGACAAGUGGGUUGAGCACACAUUCAUUGUAUACCCAUCACACUUAGAAGGUAUAUUCCAGUCUGUGGGCAGCACUGAACAAGAAUUCUGUAUCCUGCUUCCCACAGGAAAUCAAACUGGGUGCUUUACUUCUGGCCUUAAAAACCUAGCAAAAGCGUGUGUUGCAGCUGGUUUCAGUGUAUACAGGAUCAGGGACCCAUGAGCACCAGCAUACACAGCACUGUAGGUAACAUAGGGGAAAGCCAUCUUCCAUUGCAUACAGACACAUCCUUUGGCCCUAACAUUAUCCUAUAGGAUAUGAUCCCCCCCCACACCAAUAUUCCUCAGUGGUCUCAGAAUUAUGGUCAUACGUAUCUGUUCAAAGAAGGUGAAUAGUUGCUAUAAACAAGCCGAAUACUGUUUAGAUUUUUCACAAGAAAGACAAACAUACUUGAAACUCUUAUCACCUAAAAGCACUGUAUAUGAAUUUAAUUAGUACCUAGUGUUAUUAAUAGUUUUUAUACCUUUACUGGGAAAAUGAACUUUCUUCUUAAAUCUGCUUUAAAACCUAUGUGAGUUGAAAUUUAUAUUAAGAAGACAGAUGCUUUAUAAAUUUGAUUUGAAGCAUACCAUAAUUUGCAUGCUGUCAUCUAAGUGACUAUUUUUGUACAGCAUAAGUUGGUUCUAUUUAUAAUGAAUGUUUAACUACCAUGUACAUAAACAUAUAUAAAUAUAUUUAUAUAUUGUACAUAUGUUGAAGAUCACCAGAAUUUAAACUGACAAUUUGAAAUUGUGAAGAUUUCUGUGGGUUGCCAACCUCCAGAGAUAAGUCUCCCUGGAGAAAAUGGCUGGUUUGAAAGAAGGAUUCUAUGGUAUUAUGUCAUGCUGAGGUGGUUCCUCCCUUUCCCAAACCACACCUUUACAAGGAUACACUCCCAGUUCUUCAGGAAUGUCCAAAUCCAGAGUUGGCAACCCUGUCUCCUCAGAUUUCUGUUUUAAGAGAACAAAUAGCUCAAAUGGUUACAUUGGAAAAUAUUACUUAAAGUUUGACCGACUGAAUGUGGAAGGAUAUGUCUGUAGAACUGCAAUUCUCAAAUUCUUGUUUUCAUGUGUCUAGCCAGUGAUUUGAAUGCUGUGUUCUGUACUGAACCAUGAAAAAAGAGUUCUGUUAUUCACUGAAGUUUUGUUAACAGUUGGUGUACCUGAAAACAGGUAUGAUGUGUGUAUUUUAAUGUACAACAAUGUCUGAGGUAUAUGAUAUGCAUCACAAUGUAGUGAUUGUCAGAUUUUUUAAAGUGCUUUCAGUUGCAAACAAAGCACAGAACUGAAGAGACAAGCUGAACACCACAGUGUGUUAUAUAUUACCAAACAGCAUUUUAGAUUUUUAAAAUUAAAUAAAGUGUGGUUCCAGUUC